GUGCUUCUUCCAGGGAGUGUGGAGGCCACUAAAAGCCCACCAUUUCUCUGUGUUCUUCCUGUCGGUGACUCCAUUACACAGGGAAACCAGGUAUUGGGCUCGUUCCGCAGCUAUCUGAAUGAUCUACUUCUCGCAGAAGCCAAUAAGACCAAUGCUCUUAUUGCCGGUCAUGGUUUUAUGGGUUUUGAGAGUGAUGAUUACACAACUGGUUCAAGGGCACUUGGCAGAUCCUCGACGUUUAAAAUGUAUCACCAAGCAAAAUGGGGGUGGACAUCCACGCAAGUACUGCAUGGUCUGGAGAAUAUUUUUCAUGGCACUGGAACAACGCCAGAGGAUCGCACGUGGCAAAAACAUUACCAGGACACAUUUCAGUUGUGUCUGGAAAGUGCGGCGGAAACGGGAAAACAUCGUGGGGUAAAGCUACCCGUGCUCGUGGUGACUACACUGUUUGUUGGGCACAACGAUGCA